AUGGAGCAUCUUUCAAUUUCAACAAAUAAUAAUAAUAAUAAUAAUAAUAAUAAUAAUAAUAAUAAUAAUAAUUCAAGUCAUCAAUUCAAAUCGAUCUUACAAAAUUAUACAAUACGAAAAUGUUUGUUUCAUCAAGUAAAAUGUAUUCAUCGUCAUUUGAUUAAAAUACAUUAUUGUAAUAAUACGACGAGUAUUGGUAUUGUCAGUAGCGAUGAUCGAGAUUAUCAAUCGACUGUUUUCGAUUUAGAUUCAGUUUCAUUGUCAUACCUCUUGUCAAACAAAAGAUUUGAUUUAUUGUAUCUUAAAUAUCGCUAUCAUAAUCAGACACAGGUCGAACAGAAAUAUCAAUCCUUUGUUGAAUGUAAUCGUAACAAGGACAACAAGUACUGUAGUACUGAUAUAUCAUCAUUGUUGGUAUCGGUGCCAAUUCGAUUCAACAUUGACUUGUCGUUUACUGAAGAUGUAUUGGUUUCACUGUGUCGAUACAAUAGAGACUAUAAGAUCUUUCACUACUUUUUCACAAAGUAUAGGUCAUCAUUUGAUUCAUACAAUGGUUCAAUAAUCAAUCUCAUGUGUUGUCACAACAACAACAACCAAUUGGUCACACCAUCUCCUCUCAACGAUCGAAUCGUACAAGAAUUAUUAGACAAUGGUUUUAAAGGUAAUCUAUUGCUUAGAAAGAGUUGUUAUGAUGGUAAUAUUGAUUUGGUUGAAUCAAUAUUGAAAUCACAAACAUCGUCGUCCUCUUCGUCAUCGUCGUUACUAGACGAUCAACAACAACAACUUCAAGAUAUCAUAUUCUAUACAUGUGCCAAUAACGAUGUCAGUGUUGAUCAUAGACAAACAAACAAGAUAUUAGAGUUAUUAAAUAACUGUGAUAUAAUCAACAAAAGAGUAUUUGAAAAGGGUAGAAAGAUGUCAGAUUCAAUUGAUUUGUUGGCGUUCAGAGGUAACUUGGAUGGAGUGAAAUUCUUACACGAUAGAAUGGGUGUGCAUUGGACUAAACGAGCAUGGGCAGGUGCUGCAUUGGGUGGACAUGAUCAUGUGGUGUCUUAUCUCAUUGACAACUCGGCCACCGACGUGGUGUGUACCUCAAAGUCGAUUGAAAAUGCUUGUGUCAACGGACACUUUAAACUAGCUAUUUCAAUACUUGUCCACGCCAAAAGUGUGUAUGUUGGUAGCAAGGGAACACCAUUUACACUAAAGUCGUUGGAAAAGAUUGCUACUAUUGGUAGUUUGGAGGUUUUGAAAACUCUAAUCAAAGAGUUUAAUCUUCAACAACAGGGUAAAGAGAUCAAAUCAAUUGCCGAUGGAUUGGUCAGAGGAAGCAAGCCAGUGUCACUGAGAUGGUUGGUCGAGGAAAAGCUGUUGGUUUUGCAUAAUGUUAAUAUUCCUAUAUUUGUAAAGACCGUGUUGGAUCAGGCAACACACCACUCUACCAAAUCAAAUGACGACAAUGCAGUCUAUGUGUUGGAGUAUCUUGUGGAGCAGUGUCUCAAGUUCAAUGAUAAUACAAACAACAACAUCUUCAUGAGCGAUCAACAGAAAAAGGAGAGGUUGUGGGGACUGGUCGAUCCAGGUAAGUCGGGUCGUCCAAUCAUCGGGCUCUGUAUCAAAUCCAAUGUAAAGAUGCUCGGACUUUUAUGCAAGCAUUUCGACAACUGCAUUGCACUGGCCAAUUGGAGGUAUGGUAUGUUGAGAGCUGCUUGGUUGGGUCAUAUGGAUGUAGUCAAGUUUAUUCGUCAAAAGUACGUGUUUACCAAAUUGACCUUUGGUUACGAGUUGCAUAUCCAAAGAUUCCACCACAAGGAUACAUUCAAGUACAUGUUUGAACAAGGGUUGUUGUCAGAGACCAAAACCUAUGUAGACGAUGUCGCCAAGUUUGGAGACAUUGAACUAUUCAAACAAUGCGAGUCUAAAUACAACGCACUUCGAUUCAAAUCAUUGGAUGCCGUUGCUUUGACGAGACACAUAGAGAUGGCAGAAUACAUUAUUUCCAAACACAUUUCAUCGCAUAGUGCAACUGGGAUGGCAGUCGGGUGUGGUAACUAUCAGAUGGCUCGAGUGUUAUUCGAGCAUGAUCGCAAGACCAAUCGAAAUGCCGUUCUACAAAUAUACCAUAGUUCACAUUUUGACAAUGUCGAUGCUGCAUUGACACUCUCCAAAGAUUAUCAUGGGGCCAAAAACCAUGAAACGAGUAUUUAUAAUCUCAUCUUGAAUGCCCAUGUCGACAGUGUCCGACUUUCACUUGUCAAAUCAUUGUUCCUUUUAAAUUCGACCGUAUCACGCCAGUUACCAAUCAAAAAAUUAGUCACAGAGUCUAGUAUCCAGACCAUCAGUUACCUCGUUGAUGCCAAUGCCGUCUCUGAUCCACUAGCAGGACUUGAAUGUGCCAUCGAUCUCAGAAAAUAUGAAAUCUUCCAAGUACUCUUUAAAACCAUUUCCCAAAUCGAAAAAUCAAAUCAUAUCAUUCAAAUGGCAAUUGAUAUCGGUUAUUUAACAAUAGAUCAAAUUAAUAAAUAUAAAUAA